GUACUCUGGGUACCUAGGAAAUUGGAAUAAGCUCUUCUGUUCAAAUGGGAACAGCAAGUAUCCGAGGCUGAUGAAACUUGGAAAAGACAUCACCCUGUGGGGGCUGGAGAUCGGGCUGCUGUCCAUGACCAAAGGAGAGGCUGCGCUCUUCGUCCUCACUCCGGAAUACGCCUAUGGCCAGCGGGGCUGUCCUCCCUCCAUCCCCCCAAACACCACGGUCCUCUUCAAGGUGGAGGUGUUGGACUUCAUAGACUCAGAGGAGUGCGACACCUUCUUUGAGUUGACUUGUGAACAGCGGGAUAGACUUCCUCUGGAAAAGGUGUUGAAAGUGGCCGCCACAGAAAGAGAGUUUGGCAACUACUUCUUCUAUAAGCAGUGCUUCAAGAUUGCCAAGGACAGAUACAAGAGGGCACUCUCCAUCCUGGGUCGCAGCUCUUCCAGUAAGGCAGAGCAGAGCCAGAUCAACGCUUCCAAACUGCUGCUGUUCCUGAAUCUCUCACUCACUUACCUGAAACUGGAACGUGCUGACCGAGCUUUGAAAUACGGGGAGUUGGCCUUGGAGAUGGACCAAGGAAAUGCCAAAGCGCUCUUCAGGUGUGGCCAGGCUUGUCUCUACAUGAGGGAGUACAGCAAAUCCCGGGAUUUCCUGGCCAGAGCUCAGUGCAUCCAACCCUUCAACCGUGAUAUCAACAAUGAGCUGAAGAAGUUAGCAAGCAAUGUUGUGUGGCAAUCAGCAAGCUCCCUUUUGCUGUCUAAAACAAAGCUUUGGAAUGCAUCUGUUUACUGGCUGAAACAGAUUCUUGGCAAAAUCCCCUGGAGAACAACAGGCAGAAUCCAGGAUGAGAGAUACUACAAGGAGUAUAUGAAAGUGGAGAAAGAAAUGUGCUGCCAGAUGUUUGACCCUCUCAAUUCUUAUGGCUGAGAAGAAAUCAAGGACUGUUGCAGCUGUCCGCCUUUUGGCACAUGGAGAUCUCAGCAUCACAUACAAGAUUUGGGAAAAGGGGCAGGAGCACUGCAUUA